AUCAUCUUGAAGAACUUCCGAAAAGCAAGAAACACAUCAGACUCUCCACGCACUCCAGCCGGACAAUCUGAAGAUGAGCACAACACACAUACUAACCUUUCCCGCUCUUCUCAUGCUGCUCUACAUUCCCAGCUCAGAUCCUGUGACUGUGACGACAAGCAAACCCAAAGUGGAGGUACAUGAAAACACAAAUGCUGUCCUGUCCUGUGAAUUCAAGACAGAGAAAGAAACAAACCCGCGUGUUGAAUGGAAAAAGAGAGGCAAAGAUGUUUCAUAUGUUUAUUUUGAUGGGGAUUUUACAGGUCCAUUUAAGGGCCGUGCAUCCAUCGACGGGGCAACGAUGACCCUCCGUGGUGUUACACAGAAAGACUCAGGAGCAUAUCAUUGCGAAGUCACAGCCCGCCAGGACAAAAUUAAGCUGGGGGAGGUCACUGUCACCCUCAAUGUGCUUGUGCCGCCACAUGCACCAUCAUGUGAGGUCCCAGAAACAGUCAUGAAAGGAUUUUCAGCUGAGCUCCGCUGUAAAGACAAACUGAGCGUUCCUGCUGCCACCUACAGCUGGUACAAAGACAACAAACUACUUCAUCCUGGCAAUCUCCCUGAAAUCAACUACACCCUGGACUCCAAAACAGGGACGCUGAAGUUCAAGUCUGUGUCAAAAUCUGAUGAGGGCCAAUAUCGAUGUGAGGCCUACAAUGGGGUGGGGGCACCCAAAAGUUGUGCAGGCCGGCAUAUGAAGAUUACUGAAUUUAAACAAGGAGUUGAAGGGAUGUCAAAAAGUGAGACAGAGGAGAUGAUUGAAAUUGAGAUUGAUGGACGGGAGAAACAGGAGUGCCUAGAGGAAGGGAUCGAGGAGCAAACCAUCACAGCGGCUGAACUGAUUACUCAAGACAUUGACAUCAAUGAGCCGAUUGGUAACCUGAAAAAGUUACUGGAGCCUCGUCUUCAGGUCCCGCUGGAUGGAUAUGACAUUUGUCUGCAGGAUAUCCUAUUGCAUCCUGAUCACAGCCUGUUCGAUCAAGGAGUGAAGACAGAUGGCACAGUACAGCUCAGCGUGCAGAUUGUCACGAAGCAGGGUGAAGAGAAAUUGAAUAUUCUGGAGAUUGUGAAACCAGUAGAGACUGUGGAGGUGGUGAUCGAUCCAGAUGCGGCUGCUGGCGAGGAAGCCCAUCUCGUGGAGGAUGGACACGUGAUUGCAGUAGAGCGAGCCGCCAUUCCUGAUGAGACUUCAGAGCAGGUGACCCGCUGGGCGGCCGCAUUGGAAGGGUACCGCAAGGAACAGGUUCGACUGAACAUUCCCUAUGACCCGGUGCAGUGGACAGCAGAUCAGGUUAUCCACUGGGCAGUUUGGGUUAUGAAAGAGUUUGGCAUUGAGGAAAUGGAGGUGGGUGGCAUUCACAUUCCCGGCCGCCAGCUCUGCGGUUUUAGCCAGGAGGAGUUCCUUCAGAGAGUGCCCAGCGGAGAGAUCCUGUGGAGCCACCUGGAGCUUCUACGCAAGUAUGUACUUGCGAGUCAGGAUCAGGGUCAGGAAGCAACAGUCACCAUUGAUCAACCUGUGCAGAUCAUUCCUGCCCCUGUGCAACAGGCCACACCUACAGCCAUUAAGGUGAUGAAGCACAACAAAACACCCCGAGCCCCCCGUAUCUCAGGAGAGGAGCGCAGCUCCCCUGGCAACCGCACAGGUAACAACGGCCAGAUUCAGCUGUGGCAGUUUCUCUUGGAGCUGCUGACGGAUAAGGACUCUCGGGACUGCAUUUCCUGGGUGGGAGAGGAAGGCGAAUUCAAACUUAAUCAGCCUGAGCUGGUAGCUCAGAAAUGGGGCCAGCGCAAGAACAAGCCCACCAUGAACUACGAGAAGCUAAGCAGAGCUCUCAGGUACUACUAUGACGGAGACAUGAUCAGCAAAGUGCAGGGCAAGCGCUUUGUCUACAAGUUUGUGUGCGACCUGAGGACUCUGAUCGGAUACAGCGCGGCAGAGCUCAACAGCCUGGUGACGGAGUGCGAACAGAAGAAACUGGCCCGGGUGCAGCUUCACGGCCUCGGCCAGCCCGUCAACACAGUCACGCUGGCCACGGCCACAGGCCAGCCCGUCACCACAGUCACUCUGGCUGCAGCGGCUUUAGAGAAAGACAGUUGAGAAGGGAGUGGCUUGUCACUCCCAGCCAAUCAGGAGACAAGUUUAAGAUGGGAGGAAACCGGGUUCAACAUUUGACUUUGGGCAGGGUGGGAAACAGCGGGUUUGUAAGCAGAUGUGCGCUUUGUUACGAGUGUGUAUGUACGUGUGCAAGUCCCUAAAAUGCUUAGAGCGAAUGUGUGUAUGUGUGUGGAUGCGAGAGACAAAGUAUAGAUGAUCACGUAUGAGCUUUCAGUUUUUGUACGCUUGUUCUCUGACUGCAGGGUAGCAUCGGCUAUAUUUCCAUUGUAUAUACUCUAUGUUUUUGAUAGCCACGUGGGCAGUGUAUUUUGAUAUUUUCCAUUUGUAAAGGAUCUUUUCUUUUUUAUUUUCGAGUGUCCGAUUCCCUCAAGGUGAGGUACUUUUUACUGUCCACCAGAGGGCAAUAAAGAGACAGCUGGUUUUUGAA